AUGGAAGAUAAGUUUAAGAUUAAAUUACAGCAAACAUUACGAUCAUUUGAUGUUUUAAAUCGAAAUCAACAUAUUUUAUAUCGAAAUGUGGCUGAUCAAGAAUUUCUUGGUCUCACUCGAUAUUACGAUUCUAUGAAACAUGAAUGUAUUAGGUCAAAAGUGUAUACAAAAGACUUAGAAGUUCAAUUGAAAAGUGUUACAUUGAAAACAAAGUCACAAAGUAAACAAAUUCAAGAUCAACGUCAAAGCAAAAAGAAUGCCGCUCAUAAAGUAAAUCGACUGAAACAAUGUUUAAAACAAAUUUACGAUAUUCUUAACAGUCGUCAACAACCAUCCAGCGAUCAAUUGCGACAUAUUAAAAACCUAUGUGAAGAUCGUCUGAGAGGAAGUAGUGAUUUUUCCUCAAAUGAUGAUGAUGAAAUGGAUGAAGAAGAAAUCGAUAGCAGAAAUUGUACAGUUGAUGAAACCCUCGAUGAAACUGAUAAUUACAAACAACAACCAAAAGUUGUACAAGCUAAAAAGCGAUUGUCAUCUGAUGAUCAUUUGAAUAACAAACGAUUUUGUUACGAAGAGCCUUCACAUCGAUCACCUACAAGAAUAAUUGCAACAGCCACAUUUGAUUUUACAAAUAACUUAACUCGUCCAUUUACGGUUACAACAAAUAUUCAACAUAUUGACAGUAGUGAUACAAGUGCAGGAUCAAUAAUUACGUUUUGUGAAAAUAAUAACCAUGAUUCAAGACUACAAUUAACAAAUAAACAACAUUCAAGUAGUAAUUGUACUACGGAUGACAACUAUGAUUUACAUUCUGUUAGUACAAGUACAAAAACGUCUUCGACUUCAUCAAUUGAACAAACGAUUCCUGUACCACAACAUCAUCCAAUGACUCCAUUGAAAAUGUAUCAAAAACAAGAAUAUUUUACACCACUGGCACAAAACAACACAGUUCAGUCAAUUGAAACUCCUCCAACCAUAAAAGGAGGAACAACAUUACCCCAUAGAUUUAUUUCAAGAAAAAUAUUUAAACCAGAAACGUGUUGUGUGUGUCAUAAACGAAUUAAUUUUGGCUCUGUUGCCUAUCGUUGUUCAGCAUGUUGUUUAUCGUGUCAUUUUGAUUGUCGGGAAAAUUGUCAAUUAAUACAAUGUAGUAAAAGUGUUGCUGCUGAUUUAAAUACCAAAACACCCUUAUCUUCAUUAAAAUAUUCAAAUCGUAUUGUUAAUUCAGAACCAAGAUAUAAAAAAACACCCAAAAAAACGGCAACAGCAACUCAUACACCCGUUGCUCAACGAAAAUAUUUUGCUCAUAUAUAA